CCUCGAAAACCUCCCGCGCAGUUUCUCCGGCAACUCGGCCAAAGAACUCCAGAUGGCUGCCCAGGACAACUCCCCGCGCGUCUUCAAGGCUGCCUCACUGACCCAAGAGGAGUGCGACAUCCUCAACGCCGCGUACGAUGUUCGCCUCAAGCAGCCCACAAGCUACUGGAACAACAAAACAUUCAUCGAUGUCCUCUACGCAGGCUUCCAGCGGCAUACCGAAGAGGGCGAGCGGCGGCCCGCGGGCACAUAUGAACAUUGGUCGGACCUGAAAGAGGCCUUCGAGCAGAUCUGCACCAUGUACUCCUUGGGCGAAGACUUCUACUGCAACUGGAUCGAUUUCAAGCUGAAGAGCGCAUAUUCCACCCAGGACCGCCACGCUCUCAUGGAAUUCUGCAAAACCCAAGCUCUCAAGGACGAACCGUGCAGUGUGAAGGUGUGGAUGAAGUUUGGUGGCAUGCUGUACGACUGGUACUUGGCUGCCAACAACCUCACCGAGGAAGGAAGCGAUUGGAGUCCGCAAGAGCAGCUAGAUGGGAAAAACAUCUUCACUUGGGCCGAGGUUCAGCUGGCAUGGGAACAGGCCGUAGCCGCCACUUGGGCUCAAUUGAAAGAUUGCCAUCUUGUCUUCAACCGAUGGGUCGAGAUUCAGGAAGCCAAGUACCGAGCAACCCUAGACAUCAGCAUGUCCCUGAGCAUUCUGGAACAACAUGAGCAUCGCCUGAAACGCGCUCAUGAAAAAUGGGUCGACACCCGCGAUUCAUAUCAGUCGUGGGUCUCCGAGGUGUAUGCCAACGAUCCGCAGAAUUACGAAGAAAAGAUGGAGAGCGUUCACAGCAAUGACGGCGUUUAUGCACGGGCUCGAAAUGCCUACAAAUAUCGGCAGACUUGGGAGAGGCAGAUCGAGGCCAAGAUGCAGGAGUAUGGCGGCGUAGCGAGCAAAGACGAGUACGAUCUUUACGUUGCGUAUCUUCGCCACGAAAUGAGGAAGGAGGGUGUUUUCAGUCUCGAUACCAUCACAGCACUCUUCGACCGAGCCGUGCUCCGAUUCCCAUACCAAGAUCCCCUUUGGCUAGAAUAUGUGGAGUAUCUCAUCAAGAAGAACCAGUCGCCUCGGAUCGAACAGGUCUUACAGCAAGCGGUCCGGCACGCUCCCUGGUGUGGUGCGCUAUGGGCCCACAAGAUUCUCCACCUAGAGAUCGCCGGCCUCCAACGUGCUGCUAUCGAGGAUGUGAAGAACCAGGCUCUCAAGACCGGACUUCUUGACGUUGGUGAUAUGGAAGACCUUAUACAGCUGUUCAUUGCCUUCUGUGGAUUCCUCCGUCGCGCGGCGUUCAACAACAACACUACCAUCACCUACAACGCUUCUGCCGCCCAUGCCGAAGAGCCGGUCGACGAGGCUGAGCUUGCCAUCAUCUCCGCGAUGGAGCACGUCAAUGAAGUCGGAAUCAAACAACACGCCGGAUCCGAUCGAACAUACCCAGGCGACCCCCAAUUCCGACUCGAGAAGAUCAAGAUCAAGCUCCUGACCCAGCAAGGCCGCCUUGACGACGCACGCAAGGCCUGGAAUGAGAUAAAAUCAAAACAUCUCGGCCAGCUCGACUUCUGGUCUCGCUGGUACACCUGGGAAUUGGUUAUGUGGCCUGUCCCCACCGGUCCCAGCUUCGGGAUCCUAUCAAACCAGCCUCUGGGAGCCACCGCCGUUCUCGAGGAGGCCUUGGACGAGUUGGACACGAUUGACUACCCCGAGGAGGCAAUCCGUAUGUAUCGCCAGCAUUGCGAGCAACACGAGAACGCUUCCGUCGUCCAGCGCGCCAUGAUCAUCACCCGCAACGCCACCACAAAGGUCGCUGAGCGUCGGGCUCGCGAAGCAGCUGCCUACGCACAAGCACCAAUACCGACCGAGAAAGUGGCUCCUACUCAAACCCAACAUCCGGACGCCAUGCCAGAUGCCCCCAUAGAAUCCACCGCCACAUCCGCUAACUCACGCGAGAAGCGAAAACGCACCCCCUCGCCCGCUCCCGCAAACGCAGAAGAGGGCCCCAAGAAACCCAAAUCCAACCACACCGAAUUCCUAAACCGCCACGCAGACAAAGAAUACGAAAAGCAACAAUCGCGCCAAGCGCUUGAAGAAGGCCGGCAGGUGUUUGUCCGCGGCAUCCCCUUCAAGGGCUUCGAGCCGCCUGACCUCGCCGCGUUCCUGGGCCUGCCCGAGGAGAACGUCAACCACACGGGCAUCGGGCACGCCAGGGCGUAUUGCUUCGGCACCUAUGGCACUCCUGAAGCCGCCAACGCCGCCGUCGCCCGCCUGAACGGCACCGAGUUCUGCGGCCGCAUGCUCGAGCUCAAGAUCGCGACGCCGAAGGGAAGGGAGGACGCCGCGCAGCACCAUAGCUUAAAGCGCAGUUUGGGGAAUCGGGGCCGCGCGAAGCGGAUUGAGGCGCGGAGGGGCCGCAUUGGACUGUGAAUACGUGCGUGUGUGUGUGUGUGUGUCUAUUAUCGAGGUAUAUCUUCUGAACACAGAGGCUAGUAGGUUGCAUAACUCUGGCUCGGGGGCUUUUCUGGGUAGGGUAUGGUAGGGUAAGGGUAAGGGUAAGGUAAGGUAAUCGGCGGGACCGGGGGGGGCAGCAUCUGUGUGUGUUAACUUUAGCGUGGAGUUUCGGGACACCUUGUAGCUUUAAUUACGGCUGCUGCAUACUGAGGGGCGCGGAUAUGGGCCCCGGGGCGCGGGGGGGGAGGAGGAAAAUGGGAAGAAAGAAAAAAAUUUAGCUACCUUUUCCUGUCGAAAAUACUGCGAGAGGUGCGUGAUGGGGGUUGGGUGAUUGUGCUGAUGGAGUGGGAGAAGCGUGGGGGAGUGCGCGGAGAAGAGAGAGAGAGAGAGAGAGAGAGAAGGUACGUGAUGUGAU